GAAUGUAAAUCUAUCCGGUGGCUUUUCUCUCAAUAAUCAUGUUGUUCGGGGAAGCAAUAAUAGGGAGAACCAAAAAGCAGCAGCAGCAGUAGCAGCAGCAGCAACUCGGAUGAAUGUGAGCCACACAUGUGAGCAGAUGUCCGGCUGGUGUAGCAGGCUGGUGCCGCUCUCAGGAAACACUGACUGCUCAAAGGGCUGACAAGCAAACCGUGCUCACAAGUGACUGAUCCUCCCAGCGAAGACAUGCUGUAACUGGGACGUCGCGGCGCUGGAGACGGUGUCACCAUGAAGGGCGGCGGCUCCAGAUGGGCCUUUUCACUGGGCUUCCUGGUGGGGGCCUGCAGCGUGUACUUCUUCCUGCACCAGAUGUGGUUUGAGAGAAGCUACCCAGUGCUGUCAGAGACUCAGGAAAAAGCCACGGUGGUAGGCUCACUUCCAACUCCAUCCAGUUGGAAGAAGGAAGGAUCUGCUCUCAUCAACCUCCUCCGCCUUAACCGUGCAGACGAAGACGGCCGGGUGGCGGAUGUGUUGUACAAGAAGGUACGUGUUCUCUGUUGGGUGAUGACGGGGCCGGCUAACCUGCAGAGCAAAGCCCGCCACGUCAAGGCCACCUGGAGUCGGCACUGCAACUUAGUUCUGUUCAUGAGCUCGGUGGAGGACCCCGCCUUUCCCACUGUAGGUCUGGGCACCAAGGAGGGCCGCGAUCAGCUCUACUGGAAGACCAUCCGGGCCUUCCAUUAUGUCUACGAACACCACCGGGAUGAAGCGGACUGGUUCCUAAAAGCAGAUGACGAUACCUAUGUGGUGGUGGACAACUUGCGCUGGAUUCUGUCAAAUCACACCUCUGAAGAACCCAUCUAUUUUGGGAAACGCUUCAAGCCUUAUAGCAAACAAGGAUACAUGAGCGGGGGGGCGGGCUAUGUGCUCAGCAAAGAAGCCCUCAAGAGAUUCGUGGAGGGUUUUCGGACCAAGGUUUGCACCCACACCACCCCUGUAGAAGACCUAGCGCUGGGGCAGUGUUUGGAGAAGAUGGGCGUUGUGGCUGGGGACUCCAGAGAUACUUUGCUUCGAGAAACAUUUCAUCCGUUUGUGCCCGAACACCAUCUGACCAGCAAGUUCUCCAAGAACUUCUGGUACUGGAGCUAUUGUUACUACCCAAUUGUUGAGGGUCCACAGUGCUGCUCAGAUCUGGCAGUGUCAUUCCAUUACGUGGAAGCAGAGCUGAUGUACGAGCUGGAAUACUACACCUACCACCUGAGAGCGUAUGGCUACUUGCCACGCUACCCCCCCUCCCUACGCCAGCGUCUGAACCUCAGCCCAGUCUCGCAGACGACCACGACGCUGGGACUUAAAGCAGUUCAGGAGGAGAUGGACGGAAGGAGUCGCACAGCUGCUAACUUUUCUGUUAGUAAAAACCAAACCAAAGAGGAGAAGGAGCCAGAGAAGGACAACCUUAUCUCAAAGCUCACUGAGAACAGGACUGUAGUCGCACAUCACUGAUUCGCUGUGCUGCAGUUCAGCUGAGGUUGAACAUGUUUUAACUGUGUCUGUUCUACAUUAGAAUCUACAUUUGGACACUUGUGGCUACUUUCACUCUGUGAUAGGAGCUGCAGUAGAAAGCACAGACCGUUGCAGAGAAGUCUGUUACUGGUAUAUUGGUUAACGAGACUUUUCUUCUGACAGAGUUUCAUUGAACUAAUCACAGUUUAUUCCAGCCAGUGUCACGCUUUCCACCCUCCCAGUGUGAAUGGUCAAAACUUGAAUAUGAUUCAGUGGUAGCUACAUGUGACGUCGCUAUUUUUAGACAACAAACACUUGAUUUAGCUCGAUUGUUUCUUGACAUCAUCAGCGUUUGGAUUUAAGGUGGACUCUGGACACGACUACAGUGUGUCUGGAGUAUCACCCAAUCUGCAGUGAGAUACAGUGUUAGAUGUAUGGAAUGAUUUCAGAAUUUGUUUUAUUAUUUUAACCACUUUCAUUUUUCAUCAAAUGGAGCACAGCAACAUGUGGCAUAACUUUAAUAUAUUUACCCUUCAUAACUUUGAUAUAUUUAGCCUUUUUACUUUAUGACCACCUUGAUUUUCUAAUGUGAUUUUUUUAUUUUUUAUUUUUUGGAAGAAAAAAAAACGCAAACUUUUUAAUUGCUUUAAUCUUUUUUAAGUCUAUGUCUUUGUUUGUGUUUUGCCUUUUUUAAUUUCCUUUUUGAUGUAUUUGCAGCCCGAUUAUUAAUGCAGACUUUAAAUCCAGGGCCAGCAGUGAUGCAGUGUUUGUUUCAGGAAUAAAAGCAACAAAACUGUGCCGUGAAAA